AUGGCGACGCCUCAGACCAUCUUUCUCCUCGCCUUCACUCUCUCUCUCCUUGCCCUCACCGUACACAGCCACAACAUCACUCAAAUCCUCGCUGACAACCCCGAAUACUCCUCCUUCAACAGCUACCUCUCACAGACCAAACUCGCCGACGAGAUCAACAGCCGCUCCACCAUCACCCUCCUCGUCCUCAACAACGGCGCAAUGUCUUCCCUCGCCGGAAAACACCCCCUCUCCGUCAUCAAAAACGCUCUCAGCCUCCUCGUCCUCCUCGACUACUACGACCCCCAGAAACUCCACAAGAUCUCCGACGGCACGGUCCUCACCACCACUCUCUACCAAACCACCGGAAACGCUCCCGGAAACCUAGGCUUCGUCAACAUCACCGACCUCAAGGGAGGCAAAGUCGGCUUCGGCUCCGCCGCGUCAGGCUCCAAGCUCGACUCCUCUUACACAAAAUCCGUCAAGCAAAUCCCUUACAACAUCUCCGUCCUCGAGAUCGACGCUCCGAUCAUAUCUCCGGGACUCUUGACCGCACCUGCUCCCUCCGCCGCCGUGUCGAACAUAACCGGUCUGUUAGAGAAAGCCGGUUGCAAAACCUUCGCGGGCUUGCUCGUCUCCAGCGGCGUCCUCAAGACUUACGAAUCCGCGCUCGAAAACGGGUUGACGGUUUUUGCACCGUCCGAUGAGGCUUUCAAGGACGAUGACGUGCCCGAUCUGAAGAACCUCACGCAAGCUGAGGUGGUCUCGCUCCUAGAGUAUCACGCCCUCCCUGAGUACAAACCGAAAGGCUCUCUAAAGACUAACAAAAACAAAAUCUCGACUUUGGCCACUAGCGGCGCGGGGAAAUACGAUAUCACGACGUCGAACUCCGGCGACGAAGUCGUUCUCCACACCGGCGUUGCUCCGUCGAGGGUCGCUGAUACGGUGCUCGAUGCUACUCCGGUGGUGAUUUUCACGGUGGAUAAAGUCCUCCUCCCCGCUGAACUUUUCGGGAAAGCUGCUUCUCCGGCGCCGUCGCCGUCGCCGGCGGAAAGUCCGUCGCCGACUGCAGCGUCGCCGCCGGCACCUCCGA